UUUGUUUGCGGAGUGUGAUUUUUUGAUGGCGUCGAUGCAGCCGGAUAGACAGAAGAGGGCGGAGGCCGCCGCGAGAGCUGCGGCGGAGGAGCUCAGUCAGGUUAACCGGGAAAGGGAGGCGGCGGGGAAGUCCGGCGAGGGGAGGGAGGUGCGGAGUGAGGAGAAGUCUCCCGGCGUUAUUGGUAGCUUGAUGAGGACGGUUGGGCAGGCUAAAGAUGCUGUAAUGGGGAAGUCGGAAGGGUACGCCGGAAAAAGUGCAGAGACAGCGGAGGAAGCUGUGCAGAGAGCGGCGGCGGAGAGAGAAGCUGCCGCGAAGAAGAUUUGGGCGGCGGAGGAGGGGAAACAGGGAAAGGACGCCGCCGUGAAGGGGAGAGAAACCGCCGAGUCUGCGGCGGAGAAGGCGAAACAGGCGGCGGACGCCGCCGCAGAGAAGGGGAGAGAAACCGUCGGUACUGCGGCUGAGAAGACGAAGCAGGCUAAGGACGCCGCCGCCGGGAAGGCAAGUGAGUACGGAGACUACGCCGCCGUUAAGGGGAGAGAAACCGCCGAUACAGCGGCGGAGAAGGCGAAACAGGCUAAGGACGCCGCCGCCGUGAAGGGGAGAGAAACCGCCGAAUCUGCGGCGGAGAAGACGAAGCAAGCUAAGGACGCCGCCGCGGGGAAGGCGAGCGAGUAUGGAGAUUACGCCGCCGUGAAGGGGAGAGAAACCGCCGAAUCUGCGGCGGAGAAGGCGAAACAGGCUAAGGACGCCACCGCGGGGAAGGCGGUUGAGUACAAAGACUACGCCGCCGAGAAGGGGAGCGAAACCGCCGGCGCUGCGGCGGAGAAGACGAAGCAGGCGAAGGACACAGUCGUCGGAAAAGCUGCGGAGUACAAAGAUUACGCCGCCGAGAAGGGGAGCGAAACCGUCGGUGCUGCGGCGGAGAAGGCGAAGCAGGCUAAGGACGCCGCCGUGGGGAAGGCAGGUGAGUACAAAGAUUACGCCGCCGAGAAAAGCAGAGAAACCGCCGAUGUGGCGGCGGAGAAGGCGAGACAAGCGAAAGACGCCGUCGUCGGAAAAGCUGGGGAGUACAAAGACUAUGCGGCGACUAAAGGAAGAGAAACCGCCGAUGCUACGGCGGAGAAGGCGAGGCAGACCAAGGAUUCCGCCAUGGAAACCGCGGCGGAGACGAAGGACUACACGGCGGAGAAGGCGAAUCAGGCGGCGGCGAAGGCCGGAGAGUACAAAGAUUACACUGUUGAGAAAACUAAGGAAGGGAAGGAUACGGCGGCGGAGAAGAUCGCCGGACUGAAGGACACGGCGGCGGACGCAGCGAAGAGGACGAUGGAGUUUCUGACGGGGAAGAAAGAGGAGACGAAGGAGAAAACGGCGGAGACGACGGAAUCCGCCAUGGAGAAGUUCGAAGAAACGAAGGAAGAAGCGCGGAGGAAUUUGGAGGAGAUGAAAAUCCAAGGAAGGGAGAGAGAUGAGAUCGGCGGCGGCGAAGGUGCCGGCGGAGGGAUUUUCGGCGCGUUGGGGAGCGUGAAGGACGCCAUUAAAGGGAAGCUGACGCCGCAGCAGCAGCAGGAAGCGGCGGCGGAGGUGAGGGGGGAGGACCGGCGGGUGUCGUACGGCGGCGCCGGGGAGGCGAAGGCGGGGAUGAGGAUGUCGGUGGACGAGGAGGGGAUACCGGUGGUGGUGAAGGUGGAGGAGACGCCGGCGGGAGCGGCGGCGGAGGUGUUCAAGGAGGCGGACCAGAUGACGGGGCAGACAUUUAACGACGUGGGAAGGAUGGAUGAGGAGGGCGUGACACGUGUACGGCUGGAUCGGCGCCCCGGGAAGAUGUGAUUCGGGAGGUGUGACCCGGACCCGGACCCGAAGCUUUCUUUUUUUACUGUUGUUGUACUCGUCGUUGUUUCACUUGUUUGACAGGGUUCUCGGGUUGUGUGUGUAAUUUCAAGCGAUGACUUGUUUGGCAUGAAUUUCCCAGAAUGGUAUAUAUAGAAUAAACGUUUUGAUA